UUUUUUUUUUUUUUAAACACCUUUGUAGAAAGGAAAAGAGCCCGAGCCUUGAGGCGGUGCGCGCAUCUGAGAAACGGCGCUGUCGUGCUGCUGGCCUUUUGAAACCGCCCCGUCUGGCAUUUCUCGAGCUGCUCUGACCGCCCGCUACUCCGCGUCUCUUUUCUUGUUUGUUUAUUUCUUUUUCCUUUUUCUCUCUUGGACUUUGUUGAAAGCCGGCGUCUUUCGAAGUCGGCUCGGUCCCGUUGGAGGAGCCACGCUUCUAUAGUUUGGCCUAGCCUUGUUUGCACGCUUCAAUCGCGGCCCCAAUCUCGACUCGUGCGGGACUGGAAUCUGAAGUAGCGGAUUGAACCUUGUGAGCGCUACAGGUCACUUGCGCAAGGACGCAUCGCCACGACUCCGGUGGCAUACCCGCUGUAUCUGUUCGACUGGAGCGCCGACCAUGUCGUUCUCUUCGCUGGUCUCCGACCUCACCUUCAAGGACAAGGAGCGCAGCUCCCGCGCGGAGACGUCCUCGACUCUGUCGCGAGCCAAGUCGUACGUCAGCACGGCGGCGACGAGCGUCAGCAUAUCCGGCGACAUCUCCAGCCAGCUACAUGGCGGAUACAAUCACCCUCUCGCGCGAUCAUGGCAGGCCGAGCGGCAAUUGACCAAGAGCAUGCUCAUCUAUCCGCUCUUCGUCUCCGACCAGCCUGACGAAGAGACGCUGAUUCCCUCUCUCCCGAAUCAAUACCGCCGCGGCAUUAACAAGCUCGUUCCUUUCCUGGAACCGCUGGUGCAAAAGGGCCUUCGCUCCGUGAUCCUCUUCGGCGUUCCCAUCGCGCCAGGUGUCAAGGACGUGUGGGGCACGGCAGCAGACGACCCAAAGGGCCCCGUCAUUCAGGCGAUCAAGCUCUUGAGAAAGAGAUUCCGAGACCUGUUCAUCUGUGCGGACGUGUGCCUGUGCGAGUACACGAGCCACGGCCACUGCGGCAUCCUGAGAGAAGACGGCGGGCUGAACAACGUGCAGAGCGUGGAGAGGAUCAGCGAUGUGGCAAUCGCAUACGCCAAGGCGGGCGCCCACUGCGUCGCGCCGAGCGACAUGAACGACGGAAGGAUACGGGCGAUCAAGUUGAAGCUGAUUGAGGAAGGCAUCGCACACCAAACUGUGCUGAUGAGCUACGCCGCCAAAUUUUCGGGCUGCUUAUAUGGGCCGUUCCGCGACGCCGCCGGUUCGUGCCCGUCGUUUGGGGACAGGAAGUGCUAUCAACUCCCACCCGGUGGGCGUGGUCUGGCUCGGCGAGCGAUCACAAGGGAUGUGCACGAGGGUGCCGACGUCAUUAUGGUAAAGCCCGCGAGCCAGUAUCUCGAUAUAAUCAGCGAUGCAAAACAGCUUGCCCCGGACCUCCCAAUUGCCGCAUACCAAGUAAGCGGAGAAUAUGCGAUGAUCCACGCAGGCGCGACAGCGGGCGUAUUUCCUCUGAAAGACAUCGUUUUCGAAUCCCACGAGGGAAUCCUGCGCGCGGGAGCUACAAUAAUAGUGACCUACUUCGUUCCGGAGUUGCUGGACUGGCUCACUACAUGAUCUGAGCACAUCUUCGGCUGACAGACCGAAGGUCUCGCCGCCAAUGAAAAGGCGUGACACAAAUGAAAAAAAAAAAAAAAAAAACAAAUCGUUUCCACUCAUGUACAAUAUGAUCAAGGGCGCAGAUACUAGCAUACUUCGAAUUAUGAAUGAUUUACGCGCUCAUCCCUCUUCAUCACGCCACAUGAAGUCUUCUCAUGCCGUGAAGGAGUAAGUCGUAAUGUUGGUUUUAAUGUCUAAGAAC